CAUCGCCCACAAAACAAACAUGGCCGCCGCAGCAGCAGACGAACCCACGAUCUUCAAAAUCCUUGUUUUAGGCGACAUCGACGUCGGAAAAACAUGUUUUAUACACCGAUUCUGCGGGGGAGGAUUUCUAGAAAGCUAUAUUUCAACCAUCGGUAUAGAUUUUAAGGAGAAAAUGAUCAAAUUAGACGGGGAACCAUACAAGUUGCAGAUAUGGGACACAGCAGGACAGGAAAGAUACCGUACACUAACUACAGCCUACUACAGGGGGGCCACUGGUAUCCUACUGAUGUAUGACAUAACUGGGGAGCAUUCUUUCAUCAACCUGGCAAAAUGGCUGAGAAAUAUUGAACAGAAUGCAUCCACAGAUGUACAGUUGUUACUUGUAGGCAACAAAUGUGACAUGGAGAACAGAGUUGUGGAGCUGGAAAGGGCACAGAAGCUUGCAGAUAGCUUUGACUUGGAGCUGAUAGAAGCCAGUGCCAAGGAAAAUAUCAAUGUGGAGGAGGCUUUUCUGGCGCUGGCAAAGAAAAUGAACGACUGCAGAUCCAGGAAACUGUCACGGAAAGUCAGCGCGCGUGAUGUCAUCAGAUGGGACAAACUCGACCAAUCAGACGAAGACUUGAAGAAGAGUAAUUGUAGUUGCUGA